GUCCCGCCCCCUACUUUCGAUACCUCGCGAGACUUCGCUGAGGCCUUCCUUUUUCGUCUUAGCCGCCGACAUGCCAUCCAGACUGAGGAAGACCCGGAAACUUCGGGGACACGUGAGCCAUGGCCACGGCCGCAUCGGCAAGCACCGGAAGCACCCAGGAGGCCGGGGUAAUGCUGGUGGCAUGCAUCACCACAGGAUUAACUUCGACAAAUAUCACCCAGGUUACUUUGGGAAAGUUGGUAUGAGGCAUUACCACUUAAAGAGGAACCAGAGUUUCUGCCCAACUGUCAACCUUGAUAAAUUGUGGACAUUGGUUAGUGAACAGACACGAGUAAAUGCUGCCAAAAAUAAGACGGGAGCUGCUCCCAUAAUUGAUGUAGUCCGAUCGGGUUACUACAAAGUUUUGGGGAAGGGAAAGCUCCCAAAGCUGCCUGUCAUCGUGAAGGCCAAAUUCUUCAGCAGAAGAGCUGAGGAGAAGAUUAAGGGUGUUGGGGGUGCCUGUGUUCUGGUGGCUUAAAGCCACCAAGAGCUCUGGAGGUUCAUUAAAUGCUAUCAAACACUUUUC